AUGAGAGACGGUACCCAACUGCAGCACCCGUCACCGCAGAACCCGUCAACGUACGUGAGAGGCGGUUUUGUAAGAAGCGGGUCCACUCGCAUCGUCCACUUCCCUGCGUCUCCUGCUCAGAGCCCAAUACUACCACGCGCGCACACGGUGCCACAACGCACAAUGGUCAGCAAGGGGGACCUCUCCAGCGCUGGGGCAUCGGGCAGUAGACAGCUCCAGAUCCCUGCUACGGGAAGCCAGGGGAACUUCCUGAGGGAUCCAGCUCCAGAUCUCACUCAUGUUGCUGGGAAUGGUGCUAGUGGUGCUGGGAAUGGUGCUAGUGAUGCUGAGAAUGGUGCUGGUGGUAUUGGGAGUGGUGAUUGUGGUGCUGGGAGCGGGAAUGGGAGUGGUGCUACUGGUGCUGGGAGUAGGAACGGGAGUGGUGUAGGGGGGGGUACAAACGGUGCUGGGAGUGGUGCUAGUGGCGAUGGGAGCGGUGCCAGUGGUACUGGAAGCGGUGCUGGUGGUGUUGAAAGUGGUGCCAAAGUUGCUGGGAGUGGUAGCAUGAGUGGUGGUGGAAAUGGCGCCGGGAUUGGUGGAGGGAGUAACACUAGUGGUGCUAGGAUUGGUGUACAGGGUGGUGCUAAUGGUGCUGAGAGUGGUGCUAGAGGACAUUCUGGGAGUGGAGGUGCUGAUUGGAGCCCAGUCCAACGCGCUGAUCCACACAGGGCUUCUGGCACAGAAGGGAGCCGCGGGCCAAACACGUUGGCAGAGGAACGAGCAGAGGAGAAGAGGCGCAAGCGGCAGCUGUCCAACUGUGCGUCCUCGCGAAGAGCGCGGCAGCGGCAGCACGACAGGUUGGCAGAGCUCGAGCUCGACACUGCAAAGCUGAAGCUGGACAAUGCGAGUGCGCAGCGACGGCUAUCGGAGGCCAACGAGCAAAUACGGCUGUUUCAAGCGCGGAACGAGCGAUCAGAGCAAGAAGUGAGGCGUCUUCGGCUGGAGCUGAAAAAACUUAAGCCAUCGGAUUGGAAUGUUGAUGGGGAUGGGAACCUGGAGGAGGGUGAAGCAUGCAUGCCGAGCGAGCAAGGUGCUGCUCGGUGCCAAGGUGGGCACAUCUCAGCAGCACUGAUGCUAGGCCUGCAGCUGUACACCAUCUAUCCGCAUGGCAGCACCAUCUCACCAUCUAUCCUUCCCUUCGUCCUCCCUCUUCCUCUCGCCUUCUACCUGAUGUCGUUCCCUCUUCCUCUUCUUACCCACCCUCUCCCCCCCUACCCUCCCCGUUCCAACCCUCUCACCCUAGCUACCAGGGGCACAUCUCAUCUCAGCAGCGCUGGUGCUAGGGGAGAUGGACGUGUCGGGCCCGCAGAUAUACACCAUCUAUCCCUCCGCUCGUCCUCCCUUCCUUCCUUACCCCUUUUUCUACCCGUCGUUACCCCACCUCCCCUUCCCCUCAGCUACCAGAGCCACAUCUCAGCAGCGCUGAUGCGGGGUGGGAUGGACGUGUCGGGCCCGCAGCUAUACAUCACCUAUCCUUCCCGUCUUCCUCCCUACUUUCGCCCUUCUUCUGCCCGACCACUGUUCCGAACCCCUUUCCCCCCUCCUCCCUCCAGCUACCAGGGGCACAUUUCAGCAGCACUAGUGUUGGGGGGAAUGGACGGCAGCUGCCCGCAGCUGUAA